GGCGGACGAGAUUGUACUUGCAGGUCGAUUGAGGUUAUUAUUUCUUGCUGCAAUAGCAAUUAUCGAUUAUAGUACCUUAUCAAAUGUCUUAUCAAGAUGUACAAAGUAUAACGUGACGAUGAGCGAACGCGUGUUCGCAAGAUAUGACUUUAACAUGCCAGGAUUAUGAGAACAUUUGAGUGGACUCGAGGACAGAAACGAAAAUGGCAAAAAUACAAUGGUCUUUGACGAAGACACCAAGUAUUCUUCGGAAUAGUUUAAAACAGAAAUGGUGGCGACUUCAAAUUUCUAUCAAAUCUUUGUUCUACAAUGACUUUUUGAGUUGGAGUUAUGUUUGUGAUAUACUUAUGGAACCCAUGUUCUGGUUUGUCGAGAACUUCACUUCUUUUUUGGGUCCGGUGUUUGUAGCAAUGGUGAUCCUGCUGACCAUCAGUAUUGUAUACAUUGCCUACUAUAUAGGUCUACCCUGGUGGUGGGAACGGAGUCCAUUAAUGACGAUAAUCUUAUUGCUAGUUGGAAACUGGCUGCUGGUUAAUGUCUGCUUUCAUUAUUAUAUGGGUGUGACUGUGCCAGCAGGAAAUCCACCUCAGGGAGGCCUUAUACCAGAGGCUGUAAGCAUCUGCAAGAAAUGCAUCAAACCAAAGCCACCCAGAACACAUCAUUGUUCUGUUUGCAACAAGUGUAUCCUCAAAAUGGAUCAUCAUUGUCCAUGGUUAAACAAUUGUGUUGGCCACUAUAAUCAUCGGCAUUUCUUCCUAUACAUGGUUUACACCGUAGUUGGCGUUAUGUUCAUUAUGAUAUUCGGCGUGCAACUCGCCUAUGAGGAGUUCUUCCCUGACCAGGAACCGGAAUUAGAUGGCCAUCCAGUACGCCUUAAUAAUUCGGAAAUAAUUCCAAUGACGGAAUCAUUAGAUCAUCUAAGCAAGGAGGAGCUAGCAGAAAUAGUAAGACAGGCGGCAGAAACUGAGGCCAAAGAAUGGCAAAAAAGAUUGAUAAUUUUUACGGGUCUGAUCUGUAUAGCCACAUGUACAGCGUUGGGUGCUCUAGCCUGGUGGCAUGCUCGUCUCAUCACCCGAGGAGAGACAAGUAUCGAGGCGCACAUCAACAAUGCGGAAUCUAAAAAGUAUCGUACUCAGAAUAAGUUCUAUCAAAAUCCUUACGACUUUGGAUCGAGGGAGAACUGGAGAUUGUUCUUAGGAACAAAAAGCAGAAGUUGGUGGCAUAUCUUAUUCCCAUCAAUUCAUGGCCCUUAUGGUGAUGGUCUUACAUGGCGAACUAUUCACGAUAGCAAAAUCUCUUGAUUUUUAACAAUUUAGA